AUGAAGAUGGGAGGAAAAGAGAAAAGACAACAAAAGCUAUGGAAUGUUCCACAGAUUCCUUGCAUUCGAGUCCCUCACUCUGUCUCUGAUACUUCACUGCUGAAGGACCUAACCCAAGGGCAGCAGCGCUACUUUUACAGCAUCACGAGGAUUUACAAUCCCAGGGCCCAGUGGGUGGCCCUACAGACCUGCUAUGUUCAGGGCCUUCAGCAACAGCAGCUGCUUGGCUAUAUUACUCAACAGGAGGCCUUGGCUUGUGCUGCCUUAUUAAGAGAUUCAACCAAAAGAGCCUCAGCCAAGGCAGGCUGUCAUAGAACCGUCUCCCAGAGAGCCUCAGGCAGGACAAGAACACGGCCCUCAGCACUACCUGUGUUGGUGGUUCCACUCAGGGCCCAAAGCACAGGGCUCCGAUCCCUCAGGACCAAGGCUUUGCACAAGCUCUGAACAGGUGGUUCACCCAUAUACCCCUGGCAUCUAGUGAGUAUUUAGUGCAUAUUUGUUGAAUAGGAAUGAAUAAAAGAAUAACAUCUAAUACAAACACCAUACUUAGAAAUAAUCUCUCCAAUUCACAUACAUUUUACUAGCAAGAACAAGUUGAGUGGCUUAAGAGCAAUGGGAGCUAAGAGUCAGCAAGCCUCUCAUUCUAUAUAUAAUCUGUAGAGUAAAAUGACUUUUGAAGCUUUCAAAGUAAAAGCUUCCUUUGAAUUAGAACAUCCCAGAGAAAUCCCAAGAACAGUGGAAGGGGGCAAGUGACCAGAGGAUUCAGGUCCUCUGUCACUGGGUGAACAUAUUUUGCAAGCCCUCUACUGUGCAUAUUGAAAAUACACAAACCAACACAGACGAGACACUGGGCACACAGGGCUUCUGGACCAUAACAUCUCAGCAGCUACUGGACUGUACCUUUCCAUGGCCUCCUUGCUCGCAACUUCCCCAU